GCCCGCCGCCCGGCUGUUUACCGCUUCUCUGAGCUCCACAUUUUCCCCAGUCCGGAGCCGCCGGAACCGCCGGAACCGCCGAGCCUGCCUGCCCUUAAAGGGCUCGCACUCAACUCUCCCCGCCGCGCAGCGUCUUGCUAUUACGCCCCUCACCCUCAGAUUUUCCUCCCUUCGUGGACGCUUCAGCGGCCGGCUUCCCCACCUUUCCUCCCUCCCCUUUCCCGGCGUCUCCAGGCUCCCAGCAACAAGCGCCCCCUCGCUCACGGCCCUGGCGGGCGGCCGCAGGGUCUCAGAGCCGUGUUCAGUGGGGCUCAUGCUUGAGACCGGGACCCUACUCCUUCCCCUCCUCCUCCUUGACGCCCCUCCCCUCUGGUGCUCCUAGGAGCGUCUCUGCGGCUCCGGGGAGGGGACGUUUCCUAAUCUCAGGCCGGGGUUAAAGUUCUGGUCCUGGUGAGAUGGUGGAAGCUGCGGCCGGGGCCGCAACCUGUCCCGGUGUCCUGUGUCCUGUAGCUGCCGCCGCCACUGCCGCCCUGCUCGGGCCAUGUUCGUUCUGGGCUUGCCCUUCUUGGCGCUUUUGGUGGCUUCGGUCGGUAGCCAUCCGGGGCUUCUGGGGCCCAAGAACGUCUCGCAGAAAGACGCCGAGUUUGAGCGCACCUACGUGGAUGAAGUCAACAGCGAGCUGGUCAACAUCUAUACCUUCAACCAUACUGUGACCCGCAACCGGACAGAAGGCGUGCGUGUGUCUGUGAAUGUCCUGAAUAAACAGAAGGGGGCUCCUUUGCUGUUUGUGGUCCGCCAGAAGGAGGCUGUGGUAUCCUUCCAGGUGCCCCUAAUCCUGCGAGGGCUGUUUCAGCGCAAGUACCUCUACCAAAAGGUAGAAAGGACGCUGUGUCAGCCCCCAACCAAGAAUGAGUCUGAGGUCCAGUUCUUCUACAUAGAUGUGUCCACCCUGUCAACAGUCAAUACCACAUACCAGCUCCAGGUCAGCCGAAUGGACAACUUCAUGCUCAGGACUGGGGAGUACUUUAGCUUCAAUACCACAGCAGCCCAGCCUCAGUACUUCAAGUAUGAGUUCCCAGAGGGAGUGGACUCAGUGAUUGUCAAGGUAACCUCCAACAAGGCCUUCCCCUGUUCAGUCAUCUCUAUCCAGGAUGUCCUGUGCCCUGUCUAUGACCUAGACAACAAUGUAGCUUUCAUCGGCAUGUACCAGACUAUGACCAAGAAGGCAGCCAUCACUGUGCAGCGUAAAGACUUCCCAAGCAACAGCUUCUAUGUGGUGGUGGUGGUGAAGACAGAAGACCAGGCCUGUGGGGGUUCCUUGCCUUUCUACCCCUUUGGAGAAGAUGAACCGGUUGAUCAAGGGCACCGCCAGAAAACCUUGUCAGUGCUGGUAUCUCGAGCAGUCACGUCUGAGGCCUACGUGGGUGGGAUGCUUUUUUGCCUGGGCAUAUUUCUCUCCUUCUACCUUCUGACCAUUCUUCUGGCCUGUUGGGAGAAUUGGAGGCAGAGGAAGAAGACCCUUCUGGCGACUAUGGACCGAGCCUGCCCAGAAAGCGGUCACCCUCGGGUCCUGGCUGACUCCUUCCCUGGCAGCUCCCCUUAUGAGGGUUACAACUAUGGUUCCUUUGAGAACUGUUCUGGAUCCACCGAGGGUCUGGUUGACAGCAUGGAUACUGGAGAUCUCUCCUGCAGUUACCAGGACCGCUCUCUUGACCCUGUGGGCACACGGCCACGACUAGACUCCAUGAGCUCUGUGGAAGAGGAUGAUUAUGACACAUUGACUGACAUCGAAUCGGACAAGAACGUCAUUCGCACCAAGCAAUACCUCUAUGUGGCCGACCUGGCACGCAAGGACAAACGUGUUCUGCGGAAAAAGUACCAGAUCUACUUCUGGAACAUUGCCACCAUUGCUGUCUUCUACGCGCUUCCUGUGGUACAGCUGGUGAUUACCUACCAGACGGUGGUGAAUGUCACAGGGAAUCAGGACAUCUGCUACUAUAACUUCCUCUGUGCUCACCCACUGGGCAACCUCAGUGCUUUCAACAACAUCCUCAGCAACCUGGGGUACAUCCUGCUGGGGCUGCUCUUCUUGCUGAUCAUCCUACAGCGGGAGAUCAACCACAACCGGGCCCUGCUGCGCAACGACCUCUAUGCCCUGGAAUGUGGGAUCCCUAAACACUUUGGCCUGUUCUAUGCCAUGGGCACAGCCCUGAUGAUGGAGGGCCUGCUAAGUGCUUGCUAUCACGUCUGUCCGAACUACACCAACUUCCAGUUUGACACAUCGUUCAUGUACAUGAUCGCCGGGCUCUGCAUGCUGAAGCUCUACCAGAAGCGGCACCCGGACAUCAAUGCCAGUGCCUAUAGUGCCUAUGCCUGCUUGGCCAUUGUUAUCUUCUUCUCUGUGGUGGGCGUGGUUUUCGGCAAGGGAAACACAGCGUUCUGGAUUGUCUUCUCAGUCAUUCACAUCAUUGCCACCCUGCUUCUCAGCAUACAGCUCUAUUACAUGGGCCGCUGGAAGCUGGACUCGGGAGUUGGCCGUCGGAUCCUACACGUGCUCUACACAGACUGCAUCCGGCAGUGUAGUGGGCCCCUCUACACGGACCGUAUGGUGCUGCUGGUCAUGGGCAACAUUAUCAACUGGUCACUGGCUGCUUACGGACUCAUCAUGCGCCCUAAUGAUUUUGCCUCCUACCUGUUGGCCAUCGGCAUCUGCAACCUACUUCUUUACUUUGCCUUCUACAUCAUUAUGAAGCUCCGGAGCGGGGAAAGGAUCAAGCUCAUCCCACUGCUCUGCAUCAUCUGUACUUCAGUGGUCUGGGGCUUUGCACUCUUCUUCUUCUUCCAGGGACUCAGCACCUGGCAGAAAACCCCUGCAGAAUCAAGGGAGCACAACCGGGACUGCAUCCUCCUUGACUUCUUUGACGACCACGACAUCUGGCACUUCCUCUCCUCCAUCGCUAUGUUUGGGUCAUUCCUGGUGUUGCUGACACUGGACGAUGACCUGGACACCGUGCAGCGGGACAAGAUCUAUGUCUUCUAGCGGAAGCCAGGCCCCUUGCUUUACUCAUGGGGCCCUGAGCUCCUCUGCCUCACUGCUGGAGUCUGUGGCACCAGGGGUGCCCUUAGUCCUGCCAAGCCCCAGCUGGGGGUCUUUCAGUGCCAUUGACAUUGCCCAAGAAUGUCCAGGGGCAAAGGAGGGAGGCUACAAAGAGCACAGCCCAUCUUGCCUCCUCCACCACCAUGGGAGCCCCAGUGCCUAUCAUAGAAAGGGGCUCAAGGAAGGGACAUGACAUUUCCCUCUCUGUCCCUCAUCCCAGCCUCAGUCAGUCUAGGACCCAAGGCUGGCUCCUGAGUUCCAUCCGGUCUUCAGCCCAGUUCUGUGUUGGUCACACAUGCGUACAUAUGAACCUUGGAGUUUACACUGAGUGGCCCCAGCUUGGGGACCCCUGGUAGCUCUGGUCCUGGGGUCCCCUUUGCCCUACCUGGUCCAUUCCAGAUGUGGGGGUUGGGAGGUCAGUCCAGGCCUCUGCCUUGUGGAUGGGAAUGUGUUUUACUCUCCCUGGCUUGUUUUUGCAGCCCUCCCUUGGGCUGGGGAGAGCAGGGGGUCUGGGCCUUUCUUCAGAACUCCGUUUAAUGUCUGUUUCCCUGCUAUGGUUGCAUUUCUGUUUUCUAUGAACAAGUCUGCGUUCAAUUAAAGAAACAACAGACACAG